AUGGAUGACUCUGCACUCGCCCGCGUUGAAUUGCAGCGGGUCGAGCUCGAGAAUAACAUUGCGAAACUCCGCAAAUCACUGCGACACUGGCAGACUCUUGAGAUCGACUACGAGGGACUUAAAGAAGAAUUCCUGGGCGUCUCUGAGAAUGCCUCUGCCGAUGAAUGCCUUGAAGCAGCAAGAGAUUUUAAGCCAGAGGUGAUCGACGAAAAAGAGCUGCAGGAACUGCUAAGGGAUAGAAACUCCCGACCUCGCCAACCGCCUCAGCUUGUGGAUUUGUUAUCAAAGCGUAUAGACUAUGUCAUCCGGAAUAUUGAGACAAUACGGAAGCAGCUCUCUGACGCAGAAAAGAAACGAAAUGCUCUGCUUCUUGCAGAGGAGCCUGAUCAUCGAGAUGAGGCUGGCCUUCCUCUAGCCGAAAUUACUGAGGAGCUCGAUGAUUCUGGACGGGUCAUAUCCAGCAAAGUAGAGACGCCAGGAGCGGAUGCUCCGCAGCUAAUAGACGUAUUGAAGAGGGCAGGCGUGCAAGAUCUGCAGGAGACGAACGGUACCAUCACAAAAGCCAAGCCUCCACCAAUAGAUGUGGAGGUGCCCGCGUCGUACCAUGAGGAAGACGGCGAGGAGAAGAGUUAUCCCAACAACAGACCAAUGACUGGUACAGCUCACGAGGCGAAACCUCCAACAGACAUCUUCCCGACAAAUCCGACCGACACGGAGGCUGAGGCUCAGUUACGCCGAGAAAUGCUCGAAUACUCGCGGGGCUUGGACGAAGUCGGGGCGAUUGUAGCCGAACUUGAGCUGGAAGAAAAUGCUUCAGACCUGUCUUACGACGAAAAUGAAGACGACUUGACCUUUGACUCCGAGAUGGAUCUGGACGAAGAUCUCGAGGAAGACGAGUCGGAAGAUGAGUCCGGCAAGAGCAAACAUCCUCUGUCUUUGCCACGUGGCUAUCAGAAGAAAAUGGAGGAGCUGCAGGAGAAGCUGGGGCUGAAGAACAUUGGCCCUCAACCAGAAAUUGAAGCAACAAUUGAGCAAGUCCAGCAUGCGGAACGGCCACCAGCAGCUGAAGCUGCCCGGAAGGCAGCUAUUGCAAGACACGAUAGAUCUAAGAAGGGCAAUUUGAAGCCUGCCUUGAGCAAGUCUGCUGAAGUCGACAACUCCAUCAAAGAGAAGCGUCACAAGAAGAAGGUGGCAUUCUCCACAGACCUGGAUAUUGCUCCUGAGAAGCCUGCUGCAAGCGAAACUCUUAUGCCUGGCCAACCACCCCUAAACAACACCCAAAAACCAAAAUUGCGCCCUAUCAAAGAUUCGGUCAUCGAGCGAGUGACUGAAGACGAACAAGAGCUUGCUGCCCCGGCACCUCCAGCUCCGAAGGCCGCCAAACAGUCGAGGUUCAAGGCCGCCCGGGGAUCGCUACCACAGACGCCCAAGAUCGCUUCUCCAAUGACAUUUCCUACGGACAGUAUCACAGACGAAGACUCCUCCCCUCACCCUUCGUCCACAAUAGUCUCUGCGCAACUGGUAGAGCGCCCGUCUCCCAAAGUACCAAAAGCUCCUGCCCCGAAUGACUUUUCUGUGGAGGACCACCGGCGGGAGAUCGCAAUGGAAUACCAACAACACAGGAUGAAACGCAUACACUCUCAAGAUGGUGGGUUUCUAGGCAACAGUGAAGACGGUGAGAUAACCCCUUUGGAAGAUGAGAACGGGCGGAGAGUCAGCAGAUUCAAGGCUGCAGCGAUAAAACGAUGA